CGGAGACGCGCCCUGCUGCGGCCCCUCAGCGCUCGUUACGCAGCGCUGACACUGUGCGCGGCACAAAUAACCCGCAGCAGCGCCAACUCUGCAGCGGUGCCGCUCGCGCUUGCCUGUGGAGCCCGCGCCGGCGAGAAACUCCUGCGCAGCCUCGCGCCGCGCGCGCGACCGGCGCCGCAGCGCUGACGCCGUGAGCGCAGCUGUAUACGCAGUUUCAUUCUCUAAAACCGCGAAGCCGCACCGCGCUGCGAGCCGACGUCCAGACGCGGGUCGACUCGGGCGCCGCCGCGGCUCCUUGAAACAUGAACGUCAACAUGCAGCAGGCGACGCAGGCCGCCAAGAAGAUGGCCGACGCCGGCGGCGACUCCCACUUCCUCGAGGAGCAGAUGAACCCUACGAGGAUAAAACAGUACCUCGACAGCGGGAAAGAUUACGACAAGGUUAAAGGGAUGAAGUGGCUCCUGGCCAUGAUGUCGAAGGGUCGCGACGCGUCGGAGUUCUUCUCCGAUGUGGUCAAGAAUGUGGUAGCCAAGUCCGUGGAAGUGAAGAAGAUGGUGUACAUGUAUCUCAGUCAUUAUUGUGAUUUUAACCACCAGUGUCGAGAACUGGCUCUAUUAUCUAUAAAUAGUUUCCAGAAGGACCUCGCGGCGUCGAAUCAAUUAGUUAGAGCCAUGGCUUUGCGGGUGAUGACCUCAAUAAGGGUGCCGGACGUCAUACAAAUACAGUUACUCGCGGUGAAGAAGUGCGCCGGUGAUAGUUCGCCGUAUGUGAGAAAGUGCGCGGCCAACGCCAUCGCCAAGCUCGUCUCGUUAUCGGACGGCGCCGAGCAGGAGAGCUGCGACCAGUUCGUGGCUACGCUCCUCAACGAUACGUCUCCCAUGGUUCUGGGGAGCGCGGUCACGGCCUUCGCCGAAGUCUGCCCGCAGAACUGGGCCAUCUUCCACCCGAACUACCGGAAGCUUUGUCAAUUAUUGGCGGACUGCGACGAGUGGGCCCAGAUCACGAUACUAGGCGUACUAGCCAGGUAUUUGCGGACGCAGUUCGUCGAUCCCUCGCCGGACAAGCCGCAAACAUCAUCAGAACCGCAACGCAUUGUCAGAAGGAAGGUCAAGAAGGCCUUUUAUAGCGACGACGAGGACGAGUCCGAGGAGGAAGUCGUCGUACAAGACGACCCCUGGGACGACGACGGCCCCGCGCUGGAAGAUGACCACAAGCUCGCGUUGACCUCAUCGUUACCUCUGCUGAAGUCGAGGAAUUCCGGGGUCGUCCUCGCGGUCUGUUCUCUACAUUAUCAUUGCGGAGCACCUACAAAUGAAGAGCGGGAAACGAUCGGCCGCGCCCUCGUCCGCAUCCUGCGCAACCGCCCGGAGAUCCAGUACGUCGUCUUGAAAUCGAUCGCCGUCAUGGCCUCGGAGCGGCCGGUGCGUCGCGCGGCGUCCGAAACCACCCACCACCUCGUGAGAUGGAGACGAGUCGUAUCAAUGAUGAGAGAGAGCCAGAAACCCGCCGCGACGCAGGCCAUGUUCGCCCCUUUUUUACGGGACUUUUUUGUGAAGGGUACGGACGCCAAAUUCAACCGCGAGAUCAAGCUCGAGAUUCUCGUGCGGUUAGCUACUCCCGAUAGUGUGGAGGAGAUCCUGCGGGAGCUACAGACGUACUGUCGCGGGACGGAAAAGGACUUCGUAUGUGAUGCUGCGACUGCUGCGGCUCGGGUUGCGGACGCGCGGCCGGAAUGUGCGGACGACGUCCUUCGCGGGUUACUUGAUUUGGCUCGAAGCCACGAUCGCGACGAGUGUCGGUCCGUGGAUGCUUCUGUGGUGUCGAGUGCGUUGGUCGCGAUCCGGCAGUUGCUGCAGCAGGGUGCCGGGGUAUCUGCUGAAGAUCCGGUCAUUGUACGACGUGAUGUAGUACGGCAAGUAGCGAAGAUGCUCCUGAAACCUAAAAACAAGGGAGCAUUUUCUACCAAUCCUUCGGUCGAGGAGGACGAGGGCCGGAGGGGCGGCGCGCCGGUCCCGACGGCGUCCGGAAGGGGUGCUUCCGCGAGGGCGUCGGCGUGUUUUAUAUUAGGGGAGUUUCGUGAUGAUGUUUCUGAUUUACUGCCGGACGCUGUUCGAUUGUUAGCAUCUCGCUUUUCUGGCGAAGUCGUAGAGGUGAAGCAGCAGAUCCUCAAUCUCUCAGUGAAGGCGGCGACGGCGUAUCCUGCGAACAACGACCUCGACUCUUUACUGAGAUAUAUCUUAGAAUUAGCUCGCUUCGACACGGACCACGACCUCCGAGAUAGGGGUAGGUACCUUACCGCUACUCUAGGUCUGAGCGUGCCUGGGUCUGAAACAUCAGAUGAAGCUGCUCUACAACAACUGAAAGCGAACAAACACUCAUUAAUCCUGGGCGAGAAGCAGCCCCCCUCGACGCGCCAUGGGACCGUCGCCCCGGAAGGCGUGCCGCAGUUUACGGUCGGUUCGCUCAGCUCAAUGAUGGGCCACGAGGUCGACGGGUAUUUGCCGCUGGAGCCCUGGGCCACCGAACCGUCCGAUCCAUCCAUUCGCAACCCGCCGAACGGGAGCGUGUUCCGCGCCGGCGCGGGGCAGACGGGCAUCUCCUCGGAAGAGGUCGCGGCGAACCCGGGGGCCUUCUACGGCAACGACGACGAGUCGUCCUCCACGGAAUCGUCGUCCUCCGGUUCUGAUAGCGACGAGUCCGACAGCGACGCGUCGUCCUCCGAGGGUUCGGACUCUGACGAUAGCGAGGAAUCGUCGGCCGACGCGUCGUCGGCGUCGGACUCUGAUGAUAGCGAGGAGGAGAGCUCGUCGUCGGGCGCGGAGGAGGCGAAGGCGCCGCCUCCAUCAGACCCGUUCGACGUCUUCGCGGCGCCUUCCAGUGCUCCGGCGACGUCGAACGACGACAUCCUGAAGAUGUUCUAGCUUCUACCGGCGUCGUCGUAAGUAUGAUAGGUG